ACUCAUACCUCGCCCAGGCACCGUACGAGCAACACCUCAACCGCCAGCCACUCCUCCAGCAGAAUGACCCGUGAAGACGACCUGAAGGAAGCCGCGGCCGCCGAGGUCGAGGAGGCGGGGUCGGCCAUCGAGAGGCUCCGCGCCCUCUGCCUCACGCGGGGCUACACGGGCAUCAUGAUGUUCGGCCGCAUGUUCCGCCGCCUGGACGACGACGGGAGCCACGCCCUCUCCAAGUCCGAGCUCACCGACGUCCUCCAUCAGUUCGGCCUCGCUGUGUCCGACGACGACGUCUCCGAGAUCUUCUCUGGCUUCGACGAGGACGAAUCCGGAUCCAUCAACUACAACGAGUUUCUGGAUAAACUCAGGCCGGAGAUGACCGAGGACCGCGUGGCUGUGGUCGAGGAAGCCUUCGCCAAGCUGGACCAGAGCGGCGACGGCGUGGUCACCCUCGACGACGUGAAGGACACCUACGACGCCUCGCACCACCCUCGAGUCCUGUCCGGGGAGAGCACCGAGGAGGAGAUCCUGCUCAAGUUCAUCGGGAGGUUCGAGGGAACACCAAGGAGGACGGGAAGCUGACAAAAGAGGAGUUCCUAGAAUACUACUCGGGCCUCAGCAAGUCCAUCGAUGAAGACGAAUACUUUGUCGAAAUGAUGAAGAUGUGCUGGAAGCUGUAAGGCGGGAGAUGGGGGUCGCUUUGGCAUCACUUAGCCUUUAUUCAAGUACCAAGUUGCCUUUGUAGAAUCCGUCGGUGGUUGGGAAGCUAAACCAGGAACUCCCCGCAUCAACGACCACGCUUGUCCACGCACGAAGAUUGACAGUGACUUCAGGAGAGGAGAAAUAGACGUGGAGAGAGAGAAAAAUAAUAAUACUACGAUAUUCAAAGCACUGCACUUUUGGCUUAAUUUUUAUGAAUGUCAGCUUUUAUAUAUAUAUCACAGAGUAUGAUUUCAGAAACUGGUCGAUGACAAGGGGAUAAACAGACUGCGAUUCAUCCUUUCAGUGCUUGCAAUUACAGUCAGAAUACCCGCUCAUGGCCCAUCUAUGGUCGCCGUUUCUCCUACUUUUGCAAUGGCUACGAACACUUCUUGUCUUUGUAACCCUGGAGCUUGACCUCUAAUGACCUGACCUAGCCUCCCGAGCUUCUUGCAGAACUUGAUGAUAAAUAAUAAUAUACAAGAGCUACAUGAAAACACGGGCUUUAAAUACAUACAUGCUAAUAUAUGGUCAUACCGUCCGUGAAUAUACACACAUAUCUGAUAUGACUCCUGUAAGAGAGGUCAGGUCAUGAGUAGACAGACGAAAUGACAUCAAUGCCAGAGUCACAAUUCCUGUCAUGAAUUCUACAAAUCGGAAACACCCUUUGUUGUCUUACAGGCAAAAGCAAAUACUACCAAGGAAUCAUUGAUAAUAUUUGCCAACACUGAAAUGUUUCUUUCUCGCACACAGCGCUGAUGCGACAGACAAUGACUGCUUCAUCUCAAUAAAUGGAAUAAAAUCUGA